AGGACUAAACAAAAACACACAAAUCUCUUUUUUUCUCUUUCUUUCUUUCCACCUCCCUUUUUGAUUUGACACAAAUCCAUUGGUAGUAUUAAUAUUAAUAGUACUAUAUACACUACUACUAUUACAUCAAAUCCUAUAUUCCCUUUUGGGCUUUGUGUGUCUAGUGACUAAAAUUGUGUAUUUCUAACCAAAGAGCAAGUUUUUUGCCCAAGUUUGUUAUUACCAAAAGUGGAUACAAAAGUUAGUUUUUAAAGUAAGAAAAAAUGGAGCUUAAUGGUGAAAUGAAAGUGUCAAAGUUUAAGAGAAUUUGUGUUUUUUGUGGGAGUAGUCAAGGCAAGAAAAGCAGCUAUCAAGAUGCUGCAAUUGAGCUUGGCAAAGAAUUGGUUUCAAGAAACAUUGAUUUGGUGUAUGGAGGAGGUAGCAUAGGUUUAAUGGGAUUGGUUUCACAAGCUGUUCAUGAUGGUGGUCGCCAUGUUAUCGGGGUCAUUCCCAAGACACUCAUGCCUAGAGAGUUAACUGGUGAGACAGUAGGAGAAGUGAAAGCAGUGGCUGAUAUGCAUCAGAGGAAAGCAGAGAUGGCUAAGCAUUCUGAUGCUUUUAUUGCUUUGCCAGGUGGGUAUGGCACUCUUGAAGAGCUGCUAGAAGUGAUAACCUGGGCUCAACUUGGGAUUCAUGAGAAGCCGGUUGGUUUGCUGAACGUGGAUGGAUACUACAAUUCAUUAUUGUCAUUUAUCGACAAAGCAGUGGAAGAAGGUUUUGUUAGCCCAAGUGCACGCCACAUCAUCGUGUCAGCUCCAACUGCUAAGGUUUUGGUCCGCAAGUUGGAGGAGUAUGUUCCAUGCCAUGAAGGAGCUGCUCUGAGGUUGAACUGGGAAAUGGAGCAACAACUCGAAUUCACCGACUAUGAUAUCUCUAGAUGAUCAAAGCGAAAAAUGGGAGAUUUUGUUUCAGACAAGUGUUUUAUCGUUAAAGAAGUAUCAGUGGCAGUCAAAAAAAGGAGCUAACUUUAAAAGGGCUUUUGUUCUAAUUAGAUUUUUUAUGUGAAGGGUAUUAAUCUUUUCUGAUUUUGUAAAUUGUUGAUGAUGGAAAUGACCUCAAGAACAUGUAGGAAAUCUUUCUUUUGUAACCCCCUUCACUUGCAACUCUGGUUUAUUACACAGGUUGUAAACAUACCAUAUAUAUGCAUCUUGAUGCCACUUAUUUAGUUUUUUCCAA